CAUUAGUCGGUUGUUCCGCUGCCGGCAGACUGAAGAAGGAGAAGAAGGAGAAGAAGGAGAAGAGAGAAAGCAGAAGUGACUCUAACAUCCAAACCAGAGAGAGCUUUAUAUGACACCGAGUUACAGCCGAGAUACAGAAUAAACUCACCGACCCGCUGCAGGUGACCGACGAUGGCUGUGAACGUGUACUCGACCUCAGUGACCAGUGACAACUUGAGUCGUCAUGACAUGUUGGUCUGGAUCAAUGACUCUCUAAAGAUGAACCUCACCAAGAUAGAAAUGCUGUGUACAGGUUCUGCCUACUGCCAGUUCAUGGACAUGCUGUUUACCGGCUCUGUGCCUCUGAAGAAAGUUAAAUUUGGUGCCAAGCUGGAGCAUGAAUACAUCCACAACUUCAAGCUUCUGCAGCUUUCCUUCAAAAAGAUGGUAAUCGACAAGAUCAUUCCAGUAGACAAACUGGUGAAGGGCAAGUUCCAGGACAACUUUGAGUUCGUCCAGUGGUUUAAGAAGUUCUUUGAUGCCAACUACGAUGGGAAAGACUACGACCCGGUGGAGGCGAGGCAGGGCCAGGGCCAGGGCCAGGACUCCAUGCCCAUCCCCGUCGCCACGUCAGCUCUCGCCAGAAACCCCAAAAAGGCCUUCAGUCAAGGUCAGAGCCCCGGUUUGUCUGCUCCUCAGAGGCCACCUGUUGCCAAGGUAGCGCCCAAGUUGGCCAACGUCAGCAUGAGGAAGCCGGGGAUGGGAGGAUCCGACGAGGAGAGGUCGGAGCUCACGAAUACGCUCAUGAAUGAGGUGGAGAUCCUGAAAUCUACCGUUCAGGACAUAGAGAAGGAGAGAGACUUUUAUUUUGGUAAGCUGCGGAAUAUUGAGCUGAUUUGCCAGGAGAAGGAAGGCGAGGGCGACCCGACGCUGCAGAGGAUCAUCGACAUCCUCUACGCCACAGACGAGGGUUUCGUGAUACCGGAUGCUGAGGAGCAGGAGGAGUUUUAAUAAUCAACCAACUUUUCACUUGGAUGCUCUGGUCUACAAACCCACCUCGAGAUCCUUCCUCAAGCCAAGACGGCCUGUUUGGUUUUAUAUCCAACACCAAACCUGAUCUCGACUUGUGCCCCCCUCCCCCCCAUACCCGAACCCCUAUCCUCUCCUGAACCCAGACCCCAGCCGCCGUACAGCUCAGCUCCUUCCUUACUGAAACAUCUUUUUACCAACAAUCAACGAAGCCUCGGUCACUGCCUCUUCUUCCUCCGCUCCCUCCCCUGUAAUCCCAUCCUUCCCAAAACCAGAUUGUGCAGCAGUACUGAUCUGGUUUUUUAAUGGACUUGAGUGUGAAAAACACGGUGAUGUUCUCUGUGCGUGCGUGCGUGUGUGUGCGUGCGUGUGUGUGCGUGCGUGUGUGUGUGUGUGUGUGUGUGUGUGUGUGUGUGUGUGUGAGAGAGAGAAUGUGUGUAUAUGUGUGUGUUUAACAAAAAAAAAAUAUUCAAUUUGAAAAGAAUAAAACAUGAAGAACCUCUGAAGGACC